AUGAUAGGAGGGCUUUUGGGCUGUUCUUCACAAAUAUUUCGCUACUUAUCUUUAUACUACUCAUACCCAGUAGUAGUCAACAUCAAUUCAGUAAAUGGAUACAGUAUGGAAUUUCCUGCAGUCACUAUAUGCAAUUUUAACGCUGUCCGAAAAGCUUUUGUUCCUUGCUUGAUUGAACAACUUAGUUAUGAGGAUUGUAAUGAAACCAUAUUUACCAAUAAAUCAGAAAUAGAAUUUUGGACCAAUAUCAAGCUAUCGAGUUGUUUGGAUAACCUUAUUGAGAUAGCGAAUCCAGCAAUCUUUAAACAAUUGAAGUUUGUUACUGUAUAUUCUAAACUAAACGCCACCACUCGUAAAUAUUACGGACAUCAACAGGAAACAUUUAUCAAGUCAUGUUACUUCGAUGGAAUAGCAUGCUCCCAUUCUGAUUUCACUUCGCAACAAAACUCUAUAUUUGGAAAUUGUUACACAUUUAAUAAAGGAAUAGAAAGGGAACCUGUGCUAAGAAUUUUUGAUGUAGGACCACAACAUGGAUUGGAUUUAGAAUUAGAUUUAGAAACCAGUGAAUACUUAUGGAUGACAGAAAAUGUUGGAGCACAAGUUGUUAUUCACAAUCCAUUCAGUGAACCAGACCCGCAAAUAGAAGGAUUCAGUGUCAGCCCUGGAUUUGAAACAGCUAUACGUCUUUCGAAGAUAUCUUUUCGAAGAUUACCGUACCCAUACAAAGAUCAAUGCAUACAUUACAAACCAGGAAAUGAUCAGUGGAAGUGCAGCAUAGAUUGCACUAGAAAAGUAAUUUACUCUAUUUGUUCAUGCGAUAUACCAUUCUAUGGAAAUGCAGACGAUGUCAGAUAUUGUGAUUUAAAUAACGACACAGAAGUUUGCUGCAUGGUUCUAAAUUCAACUGUAACGCUUCGUGACUGUAAGUGUCCAUUAGCUUGUGAAAAUUCACGUUAUGAAAUGAAGGUCUCGAACACUUUAUGGCCUUCCAGAGCUUCCAAAAAAGCAAGACUCAAGGAAAGAACAACUGAAUCAGUAAAUGAGCUACAGGAAUCGAUAUCAGUCGAAGAAUUUCGGGAAACUAGGCUUAGAGUGAAUAUUUAUUUUGAUACACUAGAGCAUUUAAUAUAUCAACAAAGCCCGAUGUUUGAAGAUUCAGAGGUCUUAAGUCAAAUUGGAGGUCAAAUGGGUUUUCGUUAUUACACAAAGCUUGCAGAUGUUAUAGCUUAUUGCUUUGUGUGA